AUGCCACCUCGGAUAAAAACGUUCGGACCCCUUGACCAUGUCGCACAGGGCGUCUGCAUUAGCGCCACACGUCAUUUUGACUUUUUCACGCAAAAAGUUCGUGUCUCUUCCAACCAAAUAAGCAGUUUGGCGCAGUGGCAGCGCGAUAAAUCUCGAGGUGUACAGCCAAUUCACGCAAAGUACAAUUUGCAAGUCGGGCACAAGACUCAGCAGCAAGACUGCCUCACUUAUGCCCCCUCAACUCGCGAAUCAGGAUCAGUAUCGUCAUACGAAGCCGACCCAAACGUGCUUGGUACAGAAUUAGCCCCCUGUGGAGAGUUCGGUACAGUUCCUAUCAGCAUGUCCGCCUCGCGGGCACACUCCUCAAUAGGUCUCUCAUGCUUCCACGUCAUAUCUGACAAGCCCUCUCCCCAAGCAUUAUCCCAGAUGCCCCUCCUUUGCCACUUGUACUUGAGAAUAUCGAUCACCGGGGAAGUGAGGUGUGGAAUGAAGCGUUGGAACGGUCGCGAGGCGUCUCGUACACAGUCCUCUUGGUCAUCCACCUCGGCUUCCUUGAGCUGCUCCGUCUCUGUAGACUGUGUCUCCUCUCGAGUGAGAGAAAAGGCAUCGCCAUCUCCCUCAUACUCAUACUUGGGCUCCACUGAAUCAGGGUCCGCUGAACUGAAACUCGUUCCUCUAGAUGCCCUGAACUAUCCAGCGCUUCACGAUUCUCUUACGGGCGAGCAAAUCAUUUCCAUCCCUCCUCCCGAUGAUGUCGUCGAGCCAGAUCUCUUCUUCCUUUACCUCGUCGUGGAACUGUUCCUCUGGACAAGAGCGGAGGCGGUUGGCCUCCAACUUCUGUACGGUUUCCUGGCGGGGGCACGCAGCUACCGAAGGGGGAUUCUGGGUGUUGCUCGAGUGCCACUGAGUCGACCUACCUCUCUCCAACCCGUCCCCCUCAAGUGCUCUACCAAAUCAUCCCCCGUCGCGCUGACCACUGCCAUGCCUCACAAACACAAAGCCCGGAUUCCAAUAUCAAUCAGACCCAGGGUCAAGCAGCCCAAGAUCAACUAUGAGAUCAUCCACCCGAGCAUCGGAUCCGGUGCAUUUGGAAAGGUGUACAAGGCUCGAAACUUGGACAAUGGUGCCAUGAUGGCUGUCAAAGUCGUCAGCAUUAUAGAUGAUGGGCGCGAUAUCAAGAUGCUGAGGAACGAAGUCGAGAUUCUUGCUCGAUCCAAUCAUCGCCAUAUCAUCGAACUCAUCACGUCCGAGGGCUGGAGUGGCCAUGACAUCAAGAUCUUCAUGACCUUGAAGGAGGGCUCUCUGACAUCGCUGGCACUAGCAACUUCCAACGCCAAGUUGCACGACAUCGCUGAAACCGCCUUGCAUCACAUGCUCCAAGCCUUGGACUAUCUCGCCUCCCAAAACAUCUUACACCGAGAUGUCAAGCCAGACAACAUCCUCUACUCCAUGGUCAGGGGUAAGCCUCACUUUGAGCUCGGAGACUUUGGCUUGGCCAUCGAAGCACGUCACUACGAAGACCAAGCCGGCACCUUUUGUUACAUGGCCCCCGAUGUCCUCCUCCGUGGAGCCGCUCAGACAGCCAAAUCCGACGUCUGGUCCCUCUACGCCACCAUGCUCUGGGUUCUGGACGGGCGAGGUUUCCGUGAAAAGUGUCGCCGACUGAGAGACAAUGGCGGGCCCCAACAGCUAUUUAGCGACAUUACGGAUAUGACUCAGCCUGUCCCUCAAGAGCUCAGUCACAUCGAGGAGAUGGCGGCAUUCAAUGCUUGUUGCAGGGCUUCAGCGGGAGAGAUGCUAGACAAGCUCUUUCCCAGGCACGGGAACAGAAAUCCGAAUGUGAACCCUCCCCGCCAGGAAAGGGUUAGGCGCGAGAGAGGUGGUGGACGCCGAGAGAUGGAGCGACCUAGGGAGAGAACUCCAGGGCCACGAGCGUUCAACGUCGACGAUCUUGUACGAGCUUUUGACAUCAACCUCGAGGAGCAACAACGCGGAUUCGACUGA